UCCCACGCAAAACACUGCUCACACGCUCGCACGCGCAUCCAGUGCGCGCUUACUGCCCUAAACUCGCAACUGUUCUAAAAAUUGAGACUACUGCUGUUUAAAUCUAGCUGUUUUUUUCACUUGGCCGAAGGUGAUUUGGGGAGUUAUAAUGUUUCCUGUUGCACUACUGAGAAUAAACUUAAACUUGGAGAGAAGCUGAGAACGUGAAAGAGUGUUGUGUGUUGUGUUUAUGUAUGAGCGCGGGUGAGUGCGUUGAGAUGAGUGUGGGUGUAGAGGGGGGGUCUAGCAUCCGCCCCCCAUCCAGUCUAAAUGUGAAGAAAGUCUAUGGUGAUAGCACAGAAGAACUACAUUCUCCAGAGUCUCUGAGGCUCAGCGCCAUGUCACCUGACCUGAGGCAGGACUUCAGUAUGAUGGAAAAGAAAAAGAGAGUUACACAGAUUCUGCAAAGUCCAGACUUUAAAGAGGAGCUGGAGAGUAUGGUAAAGGAGCAAUACUCUAAGGGCAGUGACUCUGGUGGUCUACUAGGCCACAUCGCGAACCUCAUCAUCAGCAACACACUGAGCAACACUGGCGUGUACAGCCCCAGCAGCGUGGGGUCAGUAAGUCCAGUGAAUGAUCUGUGUGGUUUGGAGUGGUUUAAUUGUUCUAAAGCUGAGAGGCAGGGUCGCUGUAAACUGGCAUGUUUGUACCGCCUACUCGACCUUUAUGGAAACGCCCACUUUCCAAAUACAUACAUUACUCUACGUGUGAGCAAAGAGCAGGAUCACAUUCUCAUUCUUCCUAAAGGACUAUCGUUUUCAGAAGCCACAGCGGCCAGUCUGAUGAAGGUGAAUCUGAUUGGUGAAGUGGUCGAUCAGGGGGCAACCACACUACCUGUGGAUAUUUCAGGAUUCAAACCGCAUGCAGCAGUCUAUUGUGCUCGACCAGAUGCCAAGUGUGUUAUACAUACAUACACACCAACCACGGCUGCAGUCUCCUCUAUGAAAUGUGGCAUUUUACCCAUUUCCCAUGAAGCUUUGCUGCUGGGGGAGGUGUCUUAUUUUAGCUACUAUGGUGAUGUAGAUGACAAACAGGAGAGGAUGGAACUGCAGAAAGCUUUGGGCCCCACUGCUAAGGUGUUAGUGCUGAGGAAUCGAGGUUUAUUGGCAUUUGGAGAGACUACAGAAGAAGCCUUUCAUUAUUUGUACCACAGCCACCAAGCCUGUGAGAUACAGGUUAGUGCUCUGCUUUCUGCAGGUGGUGUUGAAAACCUGUGCGUGUUAGACAGGGCAAGUCUAAAAGCAGCUCCUUCCAUUAAUCCCAGUGGAAAAAUGUCAGAUGGACAGAUCAGAUGGAAGGUUGGAGAAGCAGAAUUUGAAUCCCUUAUGAGAAUGAUGGAUAAUUUAAGUUACAGAACUGGUUACACAUACCGCCAUCCCAUAGUCAAAGAGAAGCCUAGACACCAUAAUGACGUGGAGAUCCCAGCAACAGUGACUGGGAUGGGACAAGAGGAAGCAGACGGGUUCCCGCAGAGUCCUUUGCACUUACAGGCACAAAGACGAGACAGAGAGAGGAUACGAUGGUUGAAUUCACCUAACAGCUACCUGAAAGUGAAUGUACCUGAGGAGUCCACCAAUGGCACCUGUAGCCCACGUACCAAAACUACGUGGAUGAAAUCAGAGGAGUCUGGCAGCUGCAAGGACACCCCAAUUAAGAUUGAGGACCCCAACCAGUUUGUCCCACUAAAUACCAACCCCACUGAAGUACUGGAAAAGAGAAAUAAGAUUCGGGAGCAGAACAGAGUGGAUCUGAUGACGGCAGGACCAAAGUCUCAGCUUCUGGCAGACAUUGUCAUCGAUAAACCUCCCGGUCCUGCUUUCAUUUAUGAGGAUGAGGAGCAGACAGCCUCUCUACCGCCCAACCCUUUCGACCAAUCAGAGACAGAUCUUCAGGAAUACACGCAAACUGUGGAGAAUAAGUGCAACCAAUCAGAGGCCGAUGAGGAUCUGACAGAUGGGGAAAUGACCACAUAUGAUGGAUCCACUGUGUCCCUGUCAAUCUCACCCCUCAUGAGCCCAGAGAAAGGAGACAGUCUCUCAGCCCUGUUGCAAAGCAGCGAUGAGCUGACGCAGGAUGAUGACCUCACUCUAGAAGUAACAGAGCUCAGCAUCACUAAAGAGAUGCAGGUCUCCAUAACAACCACCGUUGCCAAUGACAUUUCCAUCACCAGCUCCUCUGAAAGUCAAAAAUCCCCCAAAAAGAAGAAAAAGAAAUUCCGUACUCUUUCUUUCUUGAGGAUGUCCAAAAAGAAAGAGAAAGAGGAGAAAGGAAAAACGAAGGAAAAGGAAAAAGAGGAUAAGGAAAUGGAGGAAGAAAAAGAAUGCAAGGAUUGAAAGAUAAUGUGAAAGUGUGGUGAGUUAAGUGACUAGAUGAAUAGAGCUUGUUAAUCGGCAUCACGCCGCGUUGAAUGUCGCACCAUCUUGGGAGGAUGGCUGCUAGUGUGUUCAAUGCAGUGUUUUGUUAUUCUCGUUUGAUUAGGAAGUAUAACUACGGUAGGUCGUUCUUGGUGUGUUAAAACUGCAAUAGUAUUACGCAGAGUCGUUCAGGAAAAGCCCAUGGUUCUUUCACUUUCGAUUUCUCUAUAUAUCAAACAAAACAAGUAACGGUACAUAUCAAAACAAUAAUAGCAGUGGAAUAUUAUCCUCCCAAGAUGGCGGCGCCACUGCAACAUGCAACAUAGGGCGUGAUGUCAGCUUCACAUUCUCUGAGAUGUGAAGGGAAUUGUGGGUAAUGUAGUUUCAGUAGGGUCCUGUGAUAAAUGUAUUGUAUGGAUGUUCACCUUUGAAUUGAAGCAAUGAUUUGUAUGUGUAGAUAUUACACACACAGAAUGUUUAAUUUUACACACGUUUUGUUACAGCUAUAGUAAUAACUAGAGCAUUAAAAGUGUCUAAAUAGCCUAAUUCAUAACAAUGUCCUACACUUUUCAUAAACUGUACAUACAUGUCAGUAGGUAAUAAUAAAUUGUGGCAAAAUCCUUCAGGUCCUAUACAUGCUGUAUGUGAGCAGUAUCAUGUGAUAAAACAUUUUGACGUCACUGUAUGUUUAGAUGAAUUUUUUGCUGAAUUUAUCAGUAAAUUGAAGACAAGAAACCUUAUCAUGGAUUUAUAUGAGACUGUGUGACUGGAUUCCUGCAUGUCAUGAAUAUUUGAUUUUUUAAGGUAUUGCAAUUUAAAAUGAAGGAUAGUAGUUUAGUGUGAUACAGCCAUUUUAGCUUUGCUUGGUCUAUACUUGUAUUGAUAGUUAAUACUUGUGCUUUAUUGAUAGAUUAUAAAGUACUGCUGUAUGUUUGUACACUGUUUUAAGAUGUACUGUUAAUGUUUAUAGUUAUGUUUUUGUCUUCAAAGGUAAAAAACUGCUUUUGUAAUUUGCAGUGUCACAGUCACAAUGUUUUCUCUUCAAUAAACAUGAAGAUAGUCAACUAUA